UCCUGCGCUGUGUCUUCUGUCUGUAAGGCGGCGGAACAUGGCUGGACGGUGUCUCCGGGCGGCCCCACGGGCUCUGCUGCGACUCGCGGCCCCUGGCGCCUUCGGCCAGGGCAGAGGCUGGCCACGUACCUUCAACACAGCUGCCCAGAGUAGUGCUGGAGAGGACUGCGGCUCUUCUGAGCCUCCUGUUGAGCCAGACCCCUUAUUGGCGGAAGAAGCCCUGGAACACAAAGCCCUUAGACUGCAGAAGGAAGUCCGAGAUUUAACUGAAAGAUACCAGAAAGCUCUGGCUGAUUCUGAACAUGUUCGGAGGCGCACACAGAAAUUUGUGGAAGAUGCCAAGAUAUUUGGGAUCCAGAGUUUCUGCAAAGAUUUGGUAGAGAUUGCAGAUAUCUUGGAGAAUGCCACCAAGCAUAGCUCUGGGGAAGCAGAGCCAGGGGGCCAAAAGCCAACCCUCAAGAAGGUCUUCGAAGGACUCUCUCUCCUCCAGGCCAAGCUGCAGAGUGUGUUUGCUAAGCAUGGCCUGGAGAAAAUGACCCCCCUUGGUGACAAGUAUGACCCAUAUGACCAUGAGAUCGUUUGUCACAUACCAGCUGAUGGAGUGCAGCCAGGCACAGUGACACUUGUUACCCAGGAUGGCUACAAACUUCAUGGUCGAACCAUCAGACCUGCCCAAGUGGGUGUGGCCGUUGAGACACAGGAAUGAUGGGGUCAGGGACCAGGAUAAAUUAACAUUCUUCUUGCACAGAACACAGCCCCUUGGGUUUCCUUUAUUUAUUACACAGAUUUGUAUUGUAAUUGGGACAUUUUGCCUGAUCUAUUUUGAGUUUAAUCUAUAUAGUGAAAAAAACGUAUUCUUAAUUUGCAUUAAGAGUCAGAAGACAUGCAUUUUCAUUUCAAUUCUGACAUAAAGCUCUGUGAUAAUGAGUAGUCAUAUUACUUCGGAGCUAUAAAAUGAGGGGUUUAUACUAAACAAUUUCUAAGGUACUUUGCAGCUUUAAUCUUAUGAUCAUGUGAUUAUUAGUUCAAUAUUAUGACUUUAGUUGCUUUAAUAUAACCUGACUUCAUCAGAAGUCCUGUCAUUGGCCUUCUUUAAAAUGUAUGUUGGAGAAAGUUAUUUAUUAAUAACGGUACCCUGGUGUCUUUCAGGUGGAAAGACAAAACAAAGUGUAAUAUGGUAUGUGUUUAUAAUUGAAUUUAAUUCUGUGAUAUGUCCUACUCCCACCCUUUCCCACUUCCCCAUAUUCCUUAAUCGAAAUUCAAAAUUACCUUAAUAGAAAGUGUACUGGGCCAGGAAUAUGUAGACAUGUUUGUUAUAUAUUCUGCCUUUGUUAUGUGACCUCGCACAAGUCUUCUCUCCUUUGAGCCUCAUCUAUAAAAUGAAAGGAGUUAGACCAGCUCUUUAAGAUUUUUUUUUGCUCUCAUAUCAUAUAUGUUAUGAUUUAUUGAUCAGUUGAUUAAUUUUUUUCCUUAUAAUUAAUUUGACCUGCUUUUUCUCCUUUUAGUUCUGACAGUCUGUUCUAAGUUUCCUACCAAUGCUAAUAUUUCUAUGUUUAUAUGAAAACAUGUUAGAGUUUGGUAAGGAAAACCAAUUCUAUCUUAUAAUAUAUGGAUUUAUCUAAGUGAAUUUUACCUGAAAUGUAAAAAAAUCAUCCUUUUCAUCUUUUUCGAUAUUUGUACUUAAUAAUCAGUAGAUCUGUGAUCUCAUAGAGGUGUCUUUCUGCUUUUAGUCAUAAGA